GUGGCAACGGGGUCGGCGACCGAGAAGGGGAGGAGGGGAGGGGAUUUUUUUUUUUUAAAGUAAGAGCAGGAGACAGAUUGGCGCCCAAAACCUGAUCAAGGUCAGGCACGUGGGAGGGGAAAGCAAGAGAGCUGGCGGCGUUGUCCCCAGACUUGAGGUUUGUUUGUCUCAUGCGGUUCGUGGCCCUUCUCCUCUGCCUCCCACGUCACUUUUUUUCUUCCCCCAUCCUUCUCUCUCUCUAGCAAUGCCAGGGGUCUGUCGCGCGGCUGGGCACGGCGCGGCGUGUUUGGCUGCAGCUUGACGUCAGCUGUACACUUGAACAAGUUGGUCAAGGCUAGCGGCGAGCGCUGUGAGCAAACGGUGCAAGGAAUCGCGCGCGCUCGCCGCCACGAAAGAGUUCAAGAGGAAGGUUGGACAGCGGAAGACGCAGACUCACGGCUCGCGAGGAACGGGGCGACAACGCUGGUGACUGCGCUGGGACGCUUUUACACGCACAGGGAGGGCAGUUGAAAGCGGAGGAUAUUUUGUGGUUUUGUGGAGUGAUUGUUAUUUUCACUUUCAAUUAACAGCAAAGAAGAACGUCUGGUGGAGAGAAAUCGAUCUUCAAAUUUACGGUUACCAAGGAAACGAGACUUUCCACUUUUCUCCAGAAUAUUGUCUUGCGGAAGGUGAGAGCACGUGACUGCGUGUCUUUGACAGUGCCUGCUCAGGUGCUGGAUGCUCAGAGGUAACACCUCCCUCAGCAUCUCACGACGACAGAACUAUCAGCCAACGAUACUCAACAGCAAUUUUUUUUAACCAUUCCAGGGUUGAAGCACGCGAACAGAAAAAAAAACAACUUCCGAAACACCCUGAGUGAACGGAACUUUUUGUGAUAAGGUCUUCGGGGAUUGGAACGACUUCCACACUUAAAGAGGCUUUAAGAGCUUUUUUAAGAAAAGGAAAGAAAGAAGGGCAAAAUAUAAAAAGUGCAGUCAGCGUGCAUUUCGUGAAGGUGUUGUGAAGGAAAUGUGAGUGCUGCUGAGGGAUGAUAAGACAGUUUGGUGUUGACUCACUACUUUUGACUUUCUUCCUGCACAGGCCAUCGUCUCGGCCCCUGCUCCCCUCCGCUCCGGUGUUCGAGUCAGCGAGGAGGACAACGAACGUCACGGAAACAGGAUGAGAACGCGUGCACCCGAAUCGUCGCGUGGCCUCUCUUGGAGACGCACGUGCUAACGGGAACCGAAAGUUGUCAGCAAGUACAUACCAGCACUUUAGUUCCUUUAAAAAACACAUUUUUUCAGCUACGGAACGAACAGAUACGGAAACUGGAGAGAGAGAGAGAAAAAAAGAAGUGACAGCUUGCAACGUUGCGUGCAGCUAUUUGCAGGUGUCGCACAAUCGAAGAUGGGAAUGUUAAAUGAUUGACCAACGUACUGCUGACGGAAGUUCUGCGCGCUCUGUCGAGCUUGGGCGCCGUAACUGCCUUCAUCGUUUGUUUAUGGCGCACUAUAGUGGACCAGCUGCUGCCCGUCAGUGACAUUUUAGGGAAGUUUGAUGGCGAUGAAAGCGGUUUUGAAUCAUAUAUGUCAUUGCUGGAAGUCGAUUUGAGCUGAACGUUUCUUUUGUGUGUUUUGUUUUUGUUUUUUCGAGUUUUUUUGGUGUUUAAGAGACGGGCCCGAGAAUCGGCAGUUGCAUCAGAGGCGUACGUGGCGGAGAUUGUGCUGAACAGUUGGGGAGGUAAUUUUCGAGACCACGCGACUUUGAAGUUUAGUAGGCGUUGAGGGAUGUCACGUUGAGUGUCGGCGCAGCCCGAUUUUUAUUCCGUCACCCGACCAAAAAAAACCACCAAAACCUCCCAAAAACCCAACAACAAAAUCUUGCCAACACCAAACGUCGCAAGAAUGCUGAUGCAGAAUGGCGGGUACCUGCCACCCAGCCUGUAUUACCCGGAGCAUCUGUACUUGUCGCACCAUGCCACUCCGCCUCCGUCCCACAUCGACGUCGACUACUUUGGCCGCGCUGACCAGCACCUGGCUCACCAUCACCACCAUCACCACCGCGCGGCGCAGCCUCACCCGCAGGCCUACUAUCCCAGCAACAACGGGUACACGCCGCCGCACCCACAGGUGCCCGCAGCAGCCUCAUGCGCCUGCGCGUGCCCACCCGUACCUUUACAGGAGACCUUUCUGCACAAGAUCCUGACAGGCCAAGGCUACGAGAACGCCGCCGUGCGCACGGACCACCACCAUCAUCAACACCAUCACCAUCAUCACCACCAGCCACUGGGGCUUAUGGGCAGCCUUAAGGUCAACCCCUACCAUCCCAGCGAUUACGCCAUGGCGGCCAGCUGCUGCUACGCGGGACUAGCGGCCCUGCCCAUGUCCGCCGCUUACCCUGGCUCUAUACCCAGCAUCCAGUAGCACAGGCCUUUUGUGUGUUUUUUUUUUAAAUUAUUAUUUUUCCAGGGGUCUUUCCCACGAUCAGACUUUUCUUUCAAGGUUUACUACCCAGUCAGUGGUGAGGUGCAAGACAGCAGGAUUCCUGGAUGAUCAUUUCCAACAGGGUUUCAUAGCAGUGAAAUCUCUGGUGCUGUUAACUCUGUGAAUCUUCUCACUGUGCAGCAUUUAUUGUAGCUCUCUACAUGUACAUUUACAAGUCUUCUUUUCCACUGUCAUGGAACACAGAAAACUCACCAUUUUGAGCAAGAAAACAAGAAAGACUGAAAGGAAGUGUAUGUUUCCACAAUGUUAUCUGCAAGACAACUGUGUUUAAGCGUUAAAAGGAAAAGAGUUUACUGUGUAGCUUGGUUGCUGAUAUCCAGCAGUACACUGAGGGGAUUUUAGUCAUUUGCUCUGUUUUGUUUUUGCUGACCUAAUGUCUUAUGUUUUCAUUUUGGGGUAUUGUUGUAGCUGAUGCUUUUUCUCCUUUUGCCUAACUUUAAUAGUUCAGGAAGAGGCUUCAGUAAUGUUUACACAACAGAUCAGUUUUUUUAAAUACCUGUUGCAGUUUCGAUAUAUCUGCUGUAAUUAAGGAAUUUUUCAGAAUUGAUUCAAACCUUCUAAUAUAGAUAUAUUGAUUUAAAAACUUAUUGAUAUACUAUAUCUAAGAUUUAUUGUAGAUGUGCCAUAUGUGGGAAAAAAAAGUCUGCAGUUCAAAUUUCAGCCACUUUCAUUUGUGAAUGUAGCAACAUAUGGAUGAGAAAUGCAAAAAGAUCUAUGUCUUUGAUAAGUACAUCUAUAGAUGUGCCAACAUAGAUAUGCAGUUAUUUAUGCACAUAUUCUCCAGGUGCAGAAACUGGAAAAGGCAUGUAUGUAGGCACUCGUACAUCAUCACACUUGCAGAUGUUAGAUUUUUUCAUGUAUUGUAAAUAUAUUGUAAUAAUGCCCCAUGAAGUUGUAAAAUAGUAUAUGUAUCCAUUAUUAUAAUUAACAUUUUUAAAGUGUCUUAAAUGGCUUGCUGGUGAUUACAAAUUUGGAUCUGUAAAUAAAGUAGGUAUUUUUAACAUGAGUCUCCCCGUUUUUAAUGAAGUUACUUUCUGCUUGGGCAGCAUCAAAAGUUUCAUCAAUCUUAGUUACAAUUUCUGCACCGAUCAGUAAAAUGUUGAUAUUGUUACUGUAUGACAGAUAAAGUAUUUCCUGACAGCACAUAUAUGAACACAUUUUACUGAAGUAAACAAUCUCAGACUAAACAAAACUGGACUUCUAUGAUCUUCAUUUUAAGCCUGUGUGAUAAAUUAACAAAUGAAUAAAUAAAUGAAUGUGUCGACAAGUGACAGACUGAACCUUUCUUAGUUAAACAUUCAGACAUCUAUUCAUGCAUAUACUCAUGUAAAUCUAAACAUGCACCAUCCAUACAUACAUAUAGCAAUCUGGGUUACCUGAGGUAAAACAGAUAUCAACUUUGGGGGAUUAGCAUAAAGUAUUAAUUUAAUAUUACAUCAAUAUAAUGUCUGCAUUAGUCUAUUAGCAAGCCAGGGUUUGGUCAGUAUGCCAUUUUAGACCGAAAUGUUGCCAGCAAUAAACCAACAUGAUGUCAUGUUUAGAACCAUUUUCAUGUAGGGACAUGGUUUAGGUAGCAUCGAAUGGGCUUCAAAUAUUGGGCUAAUACAGCAUAUCCUUUCUUCCCAAUAAAAUGGAAAUUAUUUGUAUCAAGCAAUAGGUUUGGUACAGAAAGUUUAAUCAUGUAAAAAAUAUUUCAGAUUAGCAAUUACUUUUUUAAAAGAGCGAUUCUGUAACAAUUAGAAGUAUUAACUGAAAGAAAAACAAAGGAUGCUGCACAAAACCAAAUGAUUGAAAGCAAGUGGUAAUAAACAUCAAAAGGUAGUUGUGAUAGAAUUAUGAAUAACGCAAAAGAUUUAAACUUUGACGUAGGGUAUGGUACGCCUGGGAUCAUUUACAGCAUGUAAGACUAAUCACUUGAGAAAUUUGGACAAGCUAACAAAAUUGCUGACUUGAAAAAGAAUUGAAUUUUUGUCUGAGAUGGCCAAAAAGUAAGAGAUCGAUAUCUAAUUUAAAAUUGUAGUUUGAUAUUUUUUGCCUGUAAAUUGGCUUCAUGGCUGUUAUAUUGCUCAAGCAUUUUAAUUUAACUCUUCCUGUACAGUUCGCACCCACAGAUGCAAACGUCGCUAAAGCUACGACUUAACCACAUGGGUUUUGUCCAUAUUGAAUGAUUCAACAAAAAAUAUUAAACUGACUCAUGUCAAUCACUACACACAAAUAAAAGUAUAUGAAAUAAAUGGUUCAUAACGUACAAUGUAAAAUUUCGUCCAUUACAUUGCCAGGGCUGCCACUGACAAACAUAAAUAUAUCUUUUGAACAAUGAUAUUGUUGUUGACUGAAAAUAUUGUAGUAAACUAUUAUAGUUACAAUUACCCAUUGCUGUGCUGAGAUUGAGUCAAGCUCAAGCACUGGCGAACAUGCCCCCUGUACUAAAAAUUGAUCAAAAUGUUUGCAAAUAUAGUUUUUAAAAAAGUAGUCCUGUCCAAAUUCCAAGUUUUCCAAUGUUGGGCUUCCAUAAUCAUAUUCAUGACAGAUCAAAGUACUGUCUUUAGUUGAGCUGUAUGUUCAAAAUCAAAAUGAUUUCUAACUUGCGUGGACAUAUUUAAAAAAAAAAGACUUGAUUAGGGUAGACUGCUAAGUGAAAACUUUACAACAGGACAAAAUUCCAGGCAUAUUAAGACAGACAUGGGUGAAUUACAUGGCUUAUUCUGCACACAACGCUGGAUACAGAUUUUUUACUCCUUAUCCAGGGUUUGCUUUAUGAAAUGUUUCAUGGCCAACCCAGAUGAGCUAUGCAGCGACAAAGCUAACGGACAAAAUCUGUGCUCAGCUGAAGAUUGCUCCAUGCUUAAUCGGGUUUUUACAUCGGCUUAUGCAUGCUUCAAAGAUCUCUACCGCCCUCUCUCUCUCUGCGUACGUCAGUCUGCGUCCAGCCACCAAUAUGUUGCCAUAGCAACGCGAUCGUCAAUGGAGUUGUUAAAAAAAAAACAACCCUGCCAGUCUCAUCUCAUUAUGCUGCUUCAUCAUUACUGUCAAAUGUCCCGGUCGAAGACAGAAUAAAUAACGGAACGCUUUAUCAUUCAGGUGAAAACAUUUACUAUUUUAUCAUUAUUUCGUAUCAGGAGAUUACAAACAGGUUAAUUUUAUCUUUCAGAAAUGUUCUUCAAGUUUCUAACUUUGCUUGAAGAUUACGUUAAGAUGAUAAAAACUGAUGAAAAAUAUCUUCGGAGAUAUGGGGAAAAAACUGUGCCAUGACUUAUAAGUUAUGGUUUCCUUGGGUUACCGUACACAGUCCGGUCAGCUCUUCAGUGCUUUCGCCAUUGUGAGACAGCAGACCGUUACGUCGGCAGCCGUGACCUCAUUUCACUCACAUCUUCGGCAGUAGUUGUCAAGACACAGGAACCAAUUACAACCCGCUAGCUUUUAGUUUUGUGCUUCGUGAAAGGGAUUUCAGCCACGUUCGGGGCUCAACCUCAUCUAAACUGGCGAUGUUCGAGGCGUUUGAUGGAGUCGUGAGUACUGGAUGAUCCUGCCUUCCGCAGACAAAAGAAUUCCACGACAGUUGCAUCCGCUGACUGCACGAUGGGCAGAACUUGUGACAGCACUGCGGUGAAACCAAUUACCGAAUAUGACUGGCUAGUCAGAUAGAAGCAUAUCCACUCCAUCGUUAAAACAUUGUGCAUAGUCGGCAAGCUUUCUUGUUUGUGUCUUUCACGCGUGAAAACAUUCUUUAAACUCUUGUUGAGUGCAUUAACACACAAUAUGAGUCACCUGACAGGACAAUGAAAAGCGUGCCUUCCAGCUUCACAUUCACCCAUUUCACAGUGUGAUGUACGAAUAUUGAAGUGACAGAAGCGGAUCCCGGACGAAUGACUGCUCAGAUCUGUUAGUAUUAUUGAGAGUUCAAUGGAGGUAACAACAGGAAAUGCCGUGUGGGGCCUGUCGUCUGCACAGCUCCUGACCUUUCUGACCCGCGCUGGGAUUAGCAGCGGAGGAGUGGACUCCGUUUGGGAGAAGGAGGUUACAGGAAGCAUGCUGUGUGAGUUUUGUGAAGAGGAUAUAAAGGAUGUUUUCACAGAAUUCAAGGACAGAUUCCUCAUCCGGAAGCUGCUACGAGACAUUGCUGACAAACAGCCAUCAAGACAGAAACUACCGGCAAGUACACAGGUACUGGGGAUGACAAAUGCACCACAGAUUCUGACACCAAAGCAUGAGCAACAGUCAGACAGGUUUUCCAAUACUUCAGGUCAAGGUGCUUCACAUUCUCAAACUCAUGCCCCAUCACCUUCAACCUCUGGCAUUCAAACUUCACUUUGUUCUGCGAGCCAGUUGCAGGUCUCUAAAUGGGAAAAUGGACAGCCAGCAAAGCCACCAGCAAAGGAAUCCCUUAUGGUCAUAGAACUUGAUGAUGAAAAUGAUAGUGAUAAUGAUUCAAAGGACAUCGCAUUCUAUGCUGAUAAAAGGAUGCAGCAAGUCAGGCAUAGUCAGCCAAAGUUACUUUCAGCAUCUGUCCUUGGGAACCCAUACAUGCUCAAUGCUUCAGUUACUGGGAAAAGUCUGCCAUCGCAUACCCACUGUGUUGACAGGCACACUUCACAAACUGUAUACUCAGCAUAUCCAAGACCAGACCAUGCUGGAAGUCACACCACUCAUCACGCAAACAACUACGUUCAUUAUGCCCAUAAUUCUGAAGAUCGUUGGAAACCUGCUGCAUUGUCAAGUGUAGGGGAUCAGGCUUUGUGUUUGAUAAAAGUGCAGUCAAGCAUUGCAGGGAUGCCAGUACAGACACGGAGUGAAACAGCAUCUCCCACUGCACAACCAUCCUCCACUACACCGGACAUGACAGGCUCUGAAAUACGUGUUGGAAAUUUUGCAAAUGCCUCAGUGAUGGCCAUGAACCAGAUGGCUUCCAGACACACUGCAUAUGAAAUUCUGUCUAAAAAGGAACAACGGUCGAGACCUAACAGCGCACAGAAAUUGGGGUCGAUUCUUAUCCGCAAUGCAGCUCAGCAUGCAAACUUGUGGUCUUCACCACCACAUUUACGAAACAUUUCUUCAACUCAAAAGCAGCUUUUUCUCGACUAUAUCUAUCAAGUUGCUCCACAUCUGCGUGAGUGUGAAGCAUUGUUAUGGCAGAGGCUGAGUGAAACUCUCCAGAACCGACGGAAGUAUCUUCUGGACAAAAAACUUGGGAAGCGAGGAGUGUCAUCGUCAUCAUCCAGUGAGCAAAACUCUCCGUACGCAACACUGAUGGCAUCUUCUGACAGCCUACAAGAUUUUGGUUGGACCUUAUCAGCUAAUCCAGACUUUGAUAGUUUGAAGGAAAUUUCUGGAAAUGAAGAAACUGUAUUAACAGAAGAUGGUAUUCAACCACAAGAAUGCACAGAAGAAAAAAGAAUCAAAAUAGAGAAAGAUUAAGUAUUAAUUUAUUGCAUUUAGUUUUAGGUAUUUCAAGUAAUGUUUACCUCAUCACCCAGGCUGUUUUCUGUGCAUUUCUGCCCCCUAUCGUUUUACAUGCAGUGACCAGUGUAUUAAGAGUUUGACAGACUGAGAGACAGUACAUUUUACAAAAUCCUGAAGUGAUUUAAAAGUACAUGUGGCAAUGUUUAUGCAAUAUAAACCACCAAGUACUAGUUUUUCCGUAUUUUAGAAGCUUGAUGAACUUGACAUUUUUAUAUCUGCAGCAUAUGUUAUGUGCUUAUCUUUUUAUUCACUAAUUUGGCAGAUGUAUAUCUUUAUUUGCUAAUGUUAGGUGUAAACAUGCGUAGUACUAGGUACCGGCACACAAAUUAUGUUAUUACAUAAAAACUGAUUAUUUGUUAAAUUACUAUUUUUUUCAUGUUCACAUGAAAGUACAAAAAAAAAAAUGUAAGAAAAACAAAAACUGAGUCUCUAUCUUUAUUAGUUUUGGCGAUAUUGCUGUUUGAAGCUUGUGAUUUGUCUCGCAGCUGUAAUUACUUUAUUUUAGACCAUGUUUGAUGCUCUUGUAUGUAGUAUCAUGAAAUCUUAGAAAUCUCUAAGGACUUUGCACUGACUUUUUACUCAAGUGAUUGAAAAAGUAAUUUGCAAAAAGACAUACUGGGAAAAAACACAUCCAAAUUGAAAAAAAAGUUUUGCACUUGAUCAUUUUGCAUGAAGGCACCAUAUUUCAAGCACUCCACUUCAAAUGCUAAUUUACUAAAUACACCUUAAACUUAUUUUUUUUUCAAAGUAACCAUUCUAUACUGUUCUAAUUUUUUCUACAAACUUGCACGGUCUCUUAUGAGAUUUGCAGCUUUGAAUAGUACAAAAUCAUUAAUUUUUUUCAGGAUAUUAUAAACUCGAAACUUCUAUGGCAUAUCCCACCGGAUUCAUCAGAAAAUUCUCUUUCACGCUCACCCAGGGAACCACACGGUAUUUUGCAUGCGAUUCGAGCUACGUCAUUUCUACGUUGACAAAUAUUUUACGUCAUCCGUUAAAGUACGUAGGCAUUUCUGCCAAUCUCCGUUGACAAAAUUCAACAUGUCUACAUCAAUAUCAUUGCCAACGCUUGUGACCGCGAGCACAAACACCGACCCAACCCUCAAAUCCCUUUACACGGCACACUCGGAUUAUGACCACCACGAGGUUUGCCGAUUUUCGUGCAGGGUACCAUUUACCCUCACAAAAUACCCAUUAUCUUUGAAGUAACACAAAACGAUGACACAUUCUGAACAAAUUACGAACAGUUUUUCUUGAUUAUGGAUUAAAAAUGAUAUUUCUGUUCCUGAGAGUCCGUAAAAUAUUUUGAAUUGAAAACGAGCGAUUUUUUGGCGAUCGCAUACUUCCCACCAGCGGGAAGGCGUGUGUGCGCCGGUACCUUAGUAGUAAUGACGGUGUGUGCCCGAAUGUUCUAAUGUAAACUAGUUAGAAAAGUUGAAAGAACACCUUUGAUGCAACUAAGUCAUUUGCAAAACCUUCGGCAGAUGGGGAAAAUAGCUAUGCAUAUACUUUGCCCAUCUGAAUACUAAAAGCAGUUAAUUUGUUUGAGGUCACGAAUGGCAUAAAAUGACUUGUGGCAUUCAGAUCAGUGAUCAUUUCAUCUUUCUGCCUGUGCAAUUCUCUGUUGCAAGAAACAUUUUCAGGGAUCUGUGUACAUAGAACUCUGCCAGUCACGAGUAUGCUCUUCCGAUUUUAGAAUGGCUUUCUGUUUGCAUGCAAUAGAUAGCAAAGAUUUCUUUUUAAUCAUGAAACCAUGUGUCCCUCUCUGUCUCACUGUCACUUUGUUGAGGUACACUGUUUUGGCUGUUUGUAUGAUGCAUUAGUAUUAUGCAUAUUACUAUUUAUUAUUGCUAUAAAAUAGCAUCUAUAUCACUGACGACAAAAUUUUGAAAUGGCUUUCUAUUCUAGGAUAGAAUCAACAUUCACAUUUUCAUAGUAUUUCAAAAUGUUUAUCUUUUAAAUCCUCAAAAUUACUGUAUGACAUGGGAUUUUAGUAAGAAACAACCAAUCCUUUUCAUUAAGGAAUGUUUAAGAUUAAAUAACCACUAAGCCAUCUUACCACAGUACUGUACCAUGCCUUCACAAAAUUUUUUUAAGAUACCUUCUUUUCUUCAUCUCUGCAUGCAUGCAAGAAUCCAAACUUGUCUGGUUUGUAUAUUUAAUUGUUGUUUUCCUUUCUAAAUCAAAAACACAAAUUGAACCAAAGUGUGGGCUUGAAAAAGGCAGCGACUUUAAAAUGCAUCUAUUUGACCCUUGCUUGGUUAGCUUACUUUGCAAAACUACCAGUAACCCUGAGCUAAGCUUACGUUUGUUACCAAGUUUAUGUUUUCAAGUUUACCAUAACUGUACCAUUUGCCAUUAUUUCUCAGAAAGCAUAAAUUAUUAUAAUAAUGUUUGUUCAUCUGUUUCAUUUGUGUAAGUUUUUCUAGGAGUGGCAACAUGCUAUUAUAUAGAGAAAGCUGAAGAUGACUUUACCUGAUAAAGAAUUGUACAUAUCUCUAAAAACGUCAUUAUCUAGGCUUAAUUCUGCUUAUGUCAGAGGUCAGAGAUGUGGUGAUAGGGAAUGCUUAGUGCAUUUUUGUCAGUUUGGCUACUUUGGAAUGUAUGUUAGAUGUUUUAUGUCAAACAGCCACAGUUAUAUAAGAGUUUUGUCUUUGGAAAUACCACAAGCUUUUUUUUU